UUGUAAACUGUGUGUGUGUGAGUUUGUGUGUGUGUGUGUGAGAGAGAGAGUGUGUGUGGGCGUGUACAUGUGUGUGUGUGUGUGUGUAGAGUUGUACUCGGGAGCGGAAACUGAAAGUUCGGACGGUAUGAGGGGUUCGGUAUGAGGAGUUUGGACUGAGCGCGCGCGGGUGAUGGCGAUCUGGACUCGUGCGGAUAAGAACGGUCAGCUGGACCUGCUGCUGCGCGAGCGCUGGGUCCGGGUCACGGCCGACCUGAACCGGGACACUCUGACCCUGACUGCGGAGGGGGAAGCGAGCGGUGUGGAGCUCAGAAACGGACUGUCUAACGGGGGUGAUCCCAUCAGCGAACAGAACCGACUCCGGAACCAGAACCCGGAGCUUCAGCCGAACCACGGGCACUUAAAGCCCAGUGGUGGCAGCGUGUACGGCUACAGCAGCCCCCGCAGACCGAGCCGCGACAACGGCACUAGCUCGGACUACGGCAGUCCCGGGUCAGGCUACGGAAGCCCAGGCUCCAGUUUCAGCUCCAGACAUGGGGAGGGGGCAGGAGGCGGCAACAGCAGCGCAAACUUCGACACGAGCCCAGCGGAGACCGUGAGGAAGGUCCGGGUGGUGAAGCAAGAGUCCGGCGGACUGGGUAUCAGCAUUAAGGGUGGCCGGGAGAACCGCAUGCCCAUCCUCAUCUCCAAAAUCUUCCCCGGUCUGGCCGCGGACCAGAGCCGCGCGCUGCGCGUGGGAGACGCGAUCCUGUCCGUUAACGGCAGCGACCUCCGCGAAGCCACGCACGACCAGGCGGUGCAGGCGCUGAAAAAGGCGGGGAAGGAGGUGACGCUGGAGGUGAGGUAUAUUCGGGAGGUAUCCCCCCUGUUUAAAAAACCAUCAAUGCUGGCUGAGCUUCCCUGGGAUGGCCCGUGGUCACCGUCCUCCAACUUUACCAACAAUGAGGAAUCCCCAAAACACAGCAGCGGCAAAGACAGGAAAGUCAUCCCACUUAAAAUGAGCUUCAUCUGCCGAAACCUCACUAUGCCUGACCUGGAGAACAGGCUGUUGGAGCUGCACUCUCCUGAUGGUCAGCACACUGUGGUUCUGCGCUGUAAAGAUGGACCCACUGCCCACUCCUGGUUCACUGCCAUACACACCAACAUUGCCGCCUUGCUACCCCAGACCCUCACUCACGUCAACGGCUACCUGAGCUCGUCAAGUGCCAGCACACACACACAGCUCAAACAUAUCGGCUGGCUGUCAGAACAGGUUCCGCUGGAUGGUGGGCGGCUCCAGUACAGGCCGGUCAUCAUGGCGAUAACAGAAAAGGACAUCCUACUGUUUGACUCAGUACCAUGGACACGAGAGGCCUGGAGUACACCGCUUCUUACUCACCCCCUACUCGCAACCAGGCUGGUUCAGUCAGGCAGCAGUCGCAGUUCUCCCUCGUUGGGAGCUGACCUGGUGUUCUCCACAAGAUCUGGGACGAGUCGAGGGGUGGAGUCUCAUGUGUUUCGGGUGGAGACACACUGGGACCUGUCAUCAUGGACACGAGCACUGGUGCAGGGGGCACACACUGCAGCUGAAAUCAUCAAGGAGGUGUCCAUAGGGUGUGUGUUGAACCGGCAGGAUGUUCGGCUGGUCCUGCACUAUGAUCACGGCUUCACAGUGCUUCGAGACCAUGGCGAGUCUGCAGGGGGCUCUUUGCUCUUCCACUACCCCUUCGAGAAGCUCAAAAUGUCUGCAGAUGACGGCAUCCGGAACCUCUACCUGGACUUCGGGGGUCCAGAAGGAGAACUGGUGUUUGAUCUACACUCCAGUCCAAAACCUGUGGUGUUUGUUCUGCAUUCGUUUCUUUCCGCUAAACUCACCAGGAUGGGCCUGCUGAUGUAAGGAAGAGAGAGAGGGAUAUGGAGAGAUGAAGAGAGCCGGGUUUUCACUAAAUAUUCCUCUUUUACAUCCUUAUAACUCAACCUUACACAUAAUAGAGUAUUUUAAUGGAUUCGUUUCUGUACUGUUUUCAUACAAACACAUGUGUGUCUGUGUAUUUGUGUGUGUGUGUGCAUGCUUCUACAGUUGUGUAGAUUUUAUGAAACCUUUAGAAAGCAUCCAAAUUGGCUCCCAACAGUGUGAUCUGACAGGAAAGUGUCAUUGUCUACCAAUGUCAUUUUUAACAGUUAAUUGCACACUUUUUUU